GGAUUUGGAAAUUCAUUAAAGCACGUUUUUGUUGUAUUACCGCAAAACCCACACCACACCUUUCGAUAGAGUCCCUCUUCACAUUUCAAAAUGACGAGCAGCGAUCCGAAACUUCGUCGCAGACGUGCGGAUCCACUGGAUGCUGGCUCUAGUUCUUUGAUUGACAUUAGUGAAGAAAAGAAAAAGGGUGCCUCAUAUACUGGUCCUCAAGGACCAUCACCCAUAAGUCAUCGUGCUGCCCUUGCCAUCGUCACUGUACUUGCAUGCAUUACAACUUUCUAUAAAAUCUGGCAUCCUGCAGAAGUCGUAUUUGACGAAGUUCAUUUUGGCAAGUUCGCUGGCUUUUACUUGAAGCGAACGUAUUUCUUUGACGUCCAUCCUCCGCUGGCCAAAUUGAUGUUGGCAGCACAAGGCUAUUUACUUGGUUAUGACGGUCAUUUCGAUUUUGGCAAUAUUGGUGACAAUUAUAUCGAGAACAAUGUGCCAUAUAUUGGAUUACGCGCAUUGCCUGCUACUCUGAACGUUCUGUGUGUCGUUUUGAUCUACGGUAUCAUGCGUGAAUCCGGAUACGCGGUAUUGACCUGUGCCUUAUCCGCUGGAAUGUAUGUACUAGAUAAUUCGGCCGUAGCCCAGAAUCGGCUUAUCAUGUUGGAUAGCAUGCUGGUGUUUUACAUGCUUUCAACUGUCUAUUCUUAUAUCCGCUUCCGCAAACUCAGAUAUCAAGAAUUUACGCGUAGCUGGUGGUUUUGGCUUGUGACUACGGGCGUGAUGAUGGCAAUGACGUUAAGUGUCAAACUGGUCGGUCUUUUUGUCGUCGCCACCAUUGGCAUUUGCGUCCUUGUUGACUUAUGGGAACUACUGGAUAUUAGACGUGGCUUACCAAUGAAUCAUUUUGUGAAGCACUUUAACGCACGGGCCAUUGCCCUGAUCAUUGUUCCUGUUUUUGUGUACAUGUUUUGGUUUUACAUCCACUUUGCCAUUUUAGAUCAAUCGGGACCGGGUGAUACAUUUAUGAGCUCUGCUUUCCAAGAAACACUGAAAAACAGCGCCAUCAAGAUGAAGUCGCUAGAUAUUCAUUACGGUGACGAAAUUCUUAUCCACCACCCUGGCACCGACGUGUAUCUUCACUCACAUACUACCAAAUAUCCUUUGCGUUACGACGAUGGUCGCAUCAGCAGUCAAGGUCAACAAGUGACGGGUAUAAAAGAGGCAGACGCCAAUUGCUACUGGCGAGUCAAAGCUACCAAGGAUAUUCCCGAGGAGAAGCGCACGGCAGUUAAACACAAUGAUGUUAUUCAACUGGAGCAUGUAGCAACGGGCACAAAUUUGUUGACUCAUGACGUUGCAUCACCCCUAAUGGCCACAAACGAAGAAGUGACAACCGUUGAGCAAGGAAAGCGCUAUAACGAAACGCUUUUCCGGGUUGUGUUGGAUGACCAUAAUAACGGUAAUACUUGGUCAACGCACAUGAAAUCCUUCAAGCUGAUGCACAUGGAUACCAAGGUUGCUAUCUGGACCCGUGAUAAGGCUUUGCCUGAAUGGGGAAUGCUCCAGCAAGAUGUGAAUGGUAACAAGAACACACAAGAACGUUCUAAUUUCUGGGUUGCCACUGAAAUCAAGGGUCUUAAUGCUACUGAAAUUAACAUGAACAAGAAAAAGGAUAUCAAAACAAUGUCAUUCUUUAAAAAGUUCUUUGAGCUUCAAGGCCGUAUGCUUCGUCAUAAUUCUGGAUUGACAAAACCGCAUCCUUAUCAAUCAGCACCUAUCACAUGGCCCUUCUUGAUUCGUGGUAUCUCCUAUUGGUCAAAGAAUGACACUCGAGAACAAAUUUACAUGACUGGCAAUGUCUUUGGAUGGUGGCUCUCAAUUGGCGGUGUGGCUGUAUAUGCUGGUGUUAUGUUGGCAGAUACACUUGCUCGACGACGUGGCGUUGAGCCUAUUGAUGAACCUCUACGACACAGAUUUAUAUCCUCGGCUGGCAUGUUUUUAAUCUUAUGGCUUGCACACUAUUUACCGUUCUUCGCCAUGGGACGAUCAUUAUUUUUGCACCACUAUUUACCGGCAGCGACAUGUAACUAUUUGCUCUUGGGUGCUGUAUUCCAGUUCAUGUUUAUCGAUGGUGUCGAUUCGCCUGUCUCUGCCUUGGAAGGCACCACAAACACAAAAUAUCGGCGGUUCAAUCCAUUAUUGAUGGUUGCCCAUCCAUCCAAGUAUUCGUACCUGGCCGCGUUCCUUAUUCUUGCCGGUCAGGCUGGCAUGUUUGUGUUCCUGUCACCGUUGACAUAUGGCUCACCGGGCAUGACCGUAGAACAAGUGAUUCAACACAAACUUCUUAACACUUGGGAUUUGCAAUUUGCCAAGUGAACAAAACAACUUUUAAAUCAUAAUUAUACUCACAUACAAUUCAUCCCACCACAUAUUAUACACAACUCAGUCGCACAUUAUUCUCCAAAUAAACACAAAAUAUGAUCAGAC